CCGGCGUCUCGAAGGUGUUGAGGAUUCACGGGUCCGGAAUUAGCCGCCGUGAAUCCACCACACGUUUAAAUUCUUCACUUCUCGGUCCAACUGUUGUAUCUCUACAAACUACUCACUAUCACUUUGCAGACUUAUAUUCUGCAUUCAAACGAUCACACAUCAACAAAUGGGUGACUUGGGACCAUACCUCGACUACGAUGGAGAAGACUACAUCUGUACUAUCUGCGACAGAUGGUUCAGGACUGAAGGUGCGCUCUUCGCCCACUGCAGAGCGACCACGCGACAUGAAUGGUGUGAGAGAUGUCGUCGGGUAUUUGUCUCAGAAGACUCGAAGAAUGCACACAUCCGAGCAUCCAAGAGACAUAAUAUUUGUCGUUCCUGUCGCGAACCAAUAGACUUUGAAACCGGUGAAGAUCUUCGAAACCAUCUGGAGGAUUAUCAUCAUGCUUGUCUUGAGUGCAAUAUAUUCCUCGGGUCUGCUGAGAAUCUCCUAAGCCAUGAUAUCUCUGUCCACUAUUAUUGCGAUAGCUGCGACAGAUAUUUCGGCAAUGAAAACAACUUAAGAAUGCAUCGGCAGAAGCACCAACCCAAGGGCGUGGAAUGCUAUGGCUGCUAUCAUAGCUUCAAGUCAUUCUCCGGGAUGCUAAUUCAUCUGGAAUCAGGGGCCUGUCAGUCGGGGGUCAUUGAAGACACGAUUGAUGAUCUAGCGACGGAAUGUUACCAGAGCAGGAAAUAUAUCGUUGAAACAGAUGGAGGCUGGCAUUAUGAGUGUCCAGACUGUGAGAGGCAGUUCUGGAGGCUAUCUGCGCUGUACCAACAUGUUGAGGAUGUCCCUGCCUGCUCCUAUCUUGCGACUGGGGAUGGUUGUCUGGCUAAGCUUGAACGCUUUAUGGCUUCCAGGUUGCCAUGACUCCAUGCAUCCCUC